AUGUCUUCCAUAAAUAAAGACGACGAAAUGUGUGUGGUGAAUAGGAAGAAACCAUGGUACAAAUAUAUAACAGUAGAACCUCCAAUGUUCCUUUACAUGAUGGCAUAUAUGAUCACUAAUGUUAUAGAACAAACAUUCUAUGUGUUCCAAGCUUGUACCGUGAACCAUGGGUAUAGUCCGGAGAUAUGCUACAACAUCAGUAGCUAUAGUGAUAUUAAUAAAGAAGUACAGCUAACAGUAUCAACAUUCCAUCAAUGGAACGGCGUCGCUGGUCACGUCGUGCCUCUUCUACUUGCCUUUUUCUUAGGGUCGUACAGCGAUAAACGAGGCCGAAAAGUAAUUCUACUCGCCGGCCUUCUCGGAAAGCUAUAUUUCUCAGCGAUGAUCACAUUAAAUACCGCAAAAGCAUGGCCCGUGGAAUAUGUGAUAUACACCGCAGCACUUCCGAGUGCCCUAACCGGUGCUGACUUGGCAAUAUUUGCUGGCUGCUUCGCCUACAUUGCUGACGUAUCGUCAUUAAAAAACAGAACAUUAAGGGUUGGCAUAUUAGACGUAGUUUACUUGAGCACGAUGCCUACCGGAGUAGCUAUUGGUAAUUUGCUAUGGAACAAAGUGGUCAACCGAUCCUUUACGAUCAUGUUUGCAAUUAAUACGUCACUAAUGGUCUUAGCGACGCUAUACUGUAUUAUAUUCCUGAAAUGGCAGACGAGACCAGAACAAAAGUCUUUAGCUGAAGCCGGCGUGAAAAACCCAGUAACAGACUUCUUUGAUGUCAAGAACAUUGUGCAAACUGUGUCGAUACUCACACAGAGACGGCCUAAUAAUCGAAGGCUGUUCCUAUGGUUCCUAUUAAUAUCUAUGGCAUUUUAUACUUUCCAAAGAGAUGAACGGUCUGUGAUGUAUUUAUACACUAUAAAAGUAUUUCAAUGGGACACCACAUCGUUUAGUAACUUUAGAACAUAUUUAAGCACCCUGUAUGUGAUAGCUAUGCUGUUUGGUAUACCUCUAAUGACGAAAGUACUGCGUUGGAGAGACACAGUGAUAGUGAUGUUGGGUGCAUCAGCGCAUAUUUGUGGACACUUGGUCUAUGCUCAUGCGAAAGUAGAUAAGCUGUGGUACCUAGGUGCUACCUUCGCUGCAUUUGGCCCUUGCGUUGCGCCCCUUAUACGGUCCAUGACUUCCAAGGUUCUGCCCGCUUCUGAAAGAGGGGUGGCGUACGCUUUCCUAUCAGUGAUGGAGAAUGCAGUAGCGAUGUUUGCGUCAAUUAUAUAUUCACAAUUGUACAAAGCAACAUUAGACACGGAAUUUGUGAAUUCUAUAUUCUACCUCACUAUUUCAACACAAGUCGUCGUUUUUUCGUUAACAUUUAUUAUGGAACUUAUGUUGAAAUGCAGACCAUUAGAACCUCUGUAUGAGGCAGAUGAAGAAAGAAGAAUGUCAACAUCAUCAUAA